GGAUAUCCUAUAUAUCCCCAUUUACAUCGUCACCUUCCGGCAAUACUCGCGGUUAGGGAGAACGAGUCCGCGCAGAGUCGUAUCCGGGAAUACACGUCUAGACGGGAGAGGUGGAAUAAGGAAUCGCUUCACAGUUGCGCCGAACCGAACAUGGAUCCGGCCACCAAAGGAACGUCCAGGGCCUCCUCUGUAUUUACUUCCCUCUUUAGGAUGGGAGGAGGCUCGCAGCAUAAAUACUCGCCACUCGAUCACGAUGGCGAAGCUUCAGGAGGAGUAGCUCCAGAGAGUCAGACUCGGUUGCUUCCAGGCGAGUCAACAGACGAGAACUUGGACGAGGAAAGUCAACUUAAACAACAAAAAGGGAGAGGCUUGCUUUAUCGGUUGGUAUGGGGAGAUCCUAAUAACAUCUUUGUCAAACUUAUCAUGCUCCUCUUGAUGAUUCCGUUGUUCAGCUACCUGGUUGCUGCUUCUCUACGGGUACUCUCCCCAAAUUCAGUACCUUGCGACACCCCCGAGCUUGGCUACCAAUGUGACCAAAAGACCACUCACACAUGGGGCCAAUACUCGCCCUUCUUCUCCGUCCCAUCGGAGAUCUCCCCCUCCGUUCCCGAGGGCUGCCGCCUCACCUUCGCCCAAGUUCUCUCCCGCCACGGCGCCCGCUUCCCAACCCCCGGCAAAGCCGACGAUAUUUCCGCCGUUCUCACCAAGAUCAAAACCUCCGCCACCUGGUACGGCCCCGACUUCGAGUUCAUCAAAGAUUACAACUACGUCCUCGGGGUAGACGACCUCACCGCCUUCGGCGAGCAAGAAAUGGUCAACUCCGGCAUCAAGUUCUACCAGCGCUACGCUUCCCUCAUCCGGGACUACACCGACCCGGACUCUCUCCCCUUCGUCCGCGCCUCGGGGCAGGAGCGCGUCAUCGCCUCAGCCGAGAACUUCACAACAGGUUUCUACUCCGCCCUCCUCGCCGACAAGAACCCACCCCCUUCCUCCCUCCCGCUUCCCCGCCAGGAAAUGGUCAUCAUUUCCGAAUCGCCCACGGCCAAUAACACCAUGCACCACGGCCUCUGCCGCGCCUUCGAGGAUUCCACCACCGGCGACUCGGCCCAAGCGACCUUUAUAGCCGCCAACUUCCCGCCUAUCACCGCGCGCUUGAAUGCGCAGGGUUUCAAAGGCGUCACUCUUUCUGAUACGGACGUCCUUUCGCUUAUGGAUCUCUGCCCUUUUGACACCGUCGCUUAUCCACCUUCCUCUCUUUCCCAAGAAUCAUCUACCCGCAAGAGGAUCUCCCCCUUCUGCUCCCUCUUUACGGCCCAAGACUUGACGGUAUACGACUACCUCCAAUCCCUCGGCAAGUUUUACGGGUUCGGCCCGGGUAAUGUUCUGGGUGCCACGCAGGGGGUGGGGUACGUGAACGAGCUUUUGGCUCGACUCACCCACUCACCCGUGGUCGAUAACACGACGACCAAUUCCACUUUAGACCAAAACGAGGAGACGUUCCCGUUGACGAAUAAGAAUAGGACCGUGUUUGCGGAUUUCAGUCAUGAUAAUGAUAUGAUGGGGAUAUUGACUGCUUUGAGAAUCUUCGAGGGGGUGGAUAGGGAGAAGAUGAUGGAUAAUACGACGAUACCAAAAGAGUAUGGAAGCACGGGGGAUGAGCCGGGAUUGAAAGAGAGGGAGGGGGUGUUUAAGGUGGGUUGGGCGGUGCCGUUUGCGGGGAGGGUGUAUUUUGAGAAGAUGGUUUGUGAUGGUGACAAUGAUGGGGAUGGGAAGAUUGACCAAGGGGAAGAAGAGGAACAAGAGUUGGUGAGGAUCUUGGUUAAUGAUAGGGUGGUUAGAUUGAAUGGAUGUGAGGCGGAUGAGUUGGGGAGGUGUAGGUUGGAUAAGUUUGUGGAGAGUAUGGAGUUUGCUAGGAGGGGAGGGGAUUGGGAUAAGUGUUUCGUUAAAGGUAGCUCGGGUAGGUUAUGGAUUUGGUCCGGAUAAUAAGCAGGCGUUAGCCUUUUCUUUUUCUUUUGGGCGAUCAGCGAGCGAUGGAAGGUAACAGCAAGCCAAAGACAUCUCUGUUCUGAAUAAUACCUAAUACCUAAUAAGCCA